CUAAAUUUAGAUUGAGAAUGAGUGUUAGCCUACCAAUAUAUUAGUUUCUAGCAAAGAUGAGAUGACUUACUCAUUCUUGAGAAUGGAUGUUAGUUCAAAACUUUAAGCAAAUCACAAAUUCUUCCUUGGUGUUUUGGGUUAUACCAAAUAAAUUUGUAUUUUCAUUCAAGCUAAUUUCUAAUAUAUAUUCUCAAUUUUCAAAGAGAUUCACAUAUUUGUUAAAAUUGCCAAUGAACCAUACAUAAUUAAUUUAAAGUCUACUAAAAUUUAGUAUAAGCGUGUUUAUACAUUUAUAAUCUAAAAAUCAAAUUAUAGAAUCUUAGAUUGGAUGGCAAUUUCGUUUAAAAUUCAAUGUGUUAAAACAAGUAGAUUUGCUUCAGAAUUUUUAUUGACUGAAAUCAAAGGUUUUUCAAAAGGUCCUCAUGUGUUAUAGGUAUAUUAAAUGAGGACCAUAAAGCAUUUGUUUAGCCUAAUAUUAAGUUAAAAUAGAUUAAAUAAAUUCAUAAUUAGAUAAGAUUGUAAGUUAAAAUAUAAUACAAAUAUGAACAUUCUUAUGGCGAAUCUGAAAUAAUUACAGAAUUUUGGUUAAAACUAAUAAAUGUAACAAGAUCUUUCCAUUUUACGGUUAAAGUGGAAUAAAAAAAGGGUAUAAAUCAAUUUACCGAUUUUUAAAAAUUGUACAUCCAUAAUCAGUACUUCAGGAAAUCUUAAUUUCACUGAUACCUCAAAUAUACGAGACUCAUAAAUUGCGGAGGGAACUCUAGAACACUUAGAAUGCAAGAUUUGGGCUGAGUUGAGAGGGAUACUUAGAUUUGCAUAUUAUUUGAAUUAUAGUUGA